GUUAUUAGAACAUAAAAAUCUUGUUGAUUUGUUUUUAUUAUAAAUUUCAGUUAGUUGUUUGGAACUAGUUGGUUUUAUGACCGACAAUGUAGUGACAAAUAAUGGUGACAAAUAAAUCGGUAUGAAUAUUAUCGUUAUUAAUGUAAUAUUCUAUGACAAACUUUAUUAUCACUAAAUAUUAGUGUGUAGUGAAUAAUUAUCGUCAUAAAUGCAACAUUUAGUGAUGGAUAGUGAUGUCACUAACUAUUAGUGACGGCAUAUGUUGUCACCUAAGAUUACUAUUUUUAAUGUUCAACCAUUUCGUAAAUAUUAUUUGGUGACAAUUAGAUAAUAUUUAGUGACAAAAUUAAUUUGUCAUUAAUAUUAUUUUUAAUGACAAUGUUUUUUUUUUCCGUGGCAAAAUCUAUUUGCCACGGGAUCUAUCGUGACAAUUUAGAGUGACGGUAUUUAUCGUCACUAAAACUAUUAGUGACAAGUUUUUUAUUUUUAGUGACAGUUUUUUACCGUCACUUAUAAAUCAUUUUCUUGUAGUGUUUACUUGCUAAUAAUUUUUUGCCUUCGUCUAAUGUUAUGUGCUUAUCCUCAAUUGUUUCUAAUUCUAGUAUUUCUCCUUCCGUGCAAGGUACUUCGAGCGAUAUCGGUGAAAGCGAGGAGGAAUCAAACGACGAGGAUAUAGCGGAAGCAUACAACCAACUUCUUAUUGAUUCGAAAAGGAUGACCAAGCUCAGUAAGAAGUUAAGGUGUCGGUUAUUGGACAUUGAAGAGGAGAACAAAAAUUUGAAGACCACGAAUAAAGCUCUUGAGGAGAAAAGGGAAGCAAUAUUGAAAAACAAUUCGAUCCUCCAAAAGAAGCUAGAGAAAGAGGAAUUAACGGUCAAAUCAUCUAAAGACAAGAUUGGAUUUUUAGAGCAUCAAUUUCAGGAAAUUCAUGCAUCCAAUCAAGUCUUAACUAGUCAAGUUUGUCAACUCAAAUCCGAUCUUUAAAAAUUUUCUUCUGGAUCAAAGAAACUAGAUCAUAUGCUCGGAUUGGGUCAAACGAACAAGCUUGGUCUUGGAUAUGAAAGGACAUAUGUUGAGAAGGAUCAAAUGGCGACAUCUAAAAUCUCAACAACUUUAAAGAAAAAAGUAUGUCAUCAAUGUGGAAACAAUGGACACAUCAAAAAAAGUUGUCCAGUAAAAAUAAAGAAGAAUCAUUCGGCAACUUCUAAAGCUCAAUCGGCACCAUCUACGACUCGACAUCCCCCAAGGAAUCAAAAGAAAGAUCAAUUGAAUCAAGCAUCCGAAGCAAACCAGAUUUCUAUGCCGCAACGCCAAGGUCAACCUAAAUCGCAAGCUAUGAGGGUUCUAAAGCCUCAAGGGACGAAACGACCAACGGUUGAUCAAAAAUCAAAGCAAACGGCACCUAAAGUCGACAAGACAAGACAACGCAAAAUCCGACAAGUUUGGAUUCGGAAAGGAAAAUGGCGUUUUUCCUCGUGUUGACAUUGCUGGUGCUUAUGGCCGCUGGGAACGGUCGUGGGCGUGGUAGGGGUCGUCGAGGGGCCUCUAAGAGGACAUGUACUACUGCUGAGUCAUCUGGUUCCGAUCCAGAUUAUCAGGCUAGUUCUCCCGAGGAAGCGGAAGAACCUGUUGCUCGUCCUGACAAAGGAAAGGGUAUAGCUAGAGAGUCCUCACGAGGUAGUUCUCGUGCUCGUGAGGGUCGUUCAAAACAGUCCGUGGAUGUUCCCCCCGAGCGGCGGAGGAUGUUCAUAAGCAAGUCAUGCAUUGCCGAGCGUUAUGUCAACUUCAAUGAUCUUAUACAUGACGUUCCUGACUUCGGGCGGCUACUUCAGCGAGUUCUUAUUGAGCCAGUUGGUCGGUUUCCUGCUCGCGCUCCAUUUUUUGUGGAACUCAUUCGUGAGUUCUAUAUGAACGGGAAGGUACUUGCAGAGGAUGAGGAGAUCGGGACUUUUCUAUUUGAGACAUUCGUGCGUCAGCAGAAGGUCCUCGUUACACCACACACUAUUGGAGAGCUUUUGGGGAUGAACGUGGACACUGCUGGUCUUCUCUAUACAUCAGGGGGAUUUAAAUCUUCAUCCCACUGGGAUACAGUUGUAGAAGCUAUCUGCAAGGCUGGAGUGCAAACUAAUCGUGCUUAUGUGGAGUCAAAGGACUUGCGCCUAGAGUAUCAUCUACUGUCCUUGGUUUUGAGCUACAAUGUGCAACCAACGAUUGGAACAAAGAGGAUUCGUUGGGAUCGUUUGGUUCUGCUAUAUCUACUUGGUCACCCGGAGCAAGCAUAUGGUUUGAACGUCAACAUCCCUUUUCUGAUGUGGCAGCGGAUGGUUCAUGUCAUUCAGGCUUCUGCCCGACGGGAUCUACUUCCAUUUUCUCUAUUGAUCACGAUGAUUCUGCAGGAGAAUGGAGUAGAUGUUUCUUGCGAGAAGUAUGAUUUUGGUCUUGGUCCAAUCGAUGCUGUUACCUGGGCCAAGUCAGUUAGCACGUUAAAAACUUUUUAGCAAACGAAAGGACCAUCGCGAGCAGCUUCUAGCCUGGCACCUCCACCUUGAGCAGAGCGUAAGGGAUCUUCCAGUUCAGGGGGAGUGGUUACUGUAAAGAAGAAAGUGGCAGAUCUUGCUAGGAAGGUGGAGGUGGGCAUGAAGAGGAUGAUAGAAAAAUUGGGAUGUAGGCAUGAUGAUAUAUUUCCUACUCAGCCCGCUUAUACCAGAUCGACAUCGCGACAUCCUCUUAUUCCUCCAUAUACUAGAGCUUCGGAUGCGGGAGGUUCUGGAACUGGAGCUGGAGCUGGAGCUGACGAUGAUGAUGACGAGGAUACGGAGUGAUUCCUUCCUCGAACUUAGUCUGUUUACUUCACUGUGUUUGCUUUGUAGAAUGAUGUUUUAGUUUAGCUUGGUUGGUUUAUCUUACCUUUGCAUGUUUUUGUUUUUGCUUUAGGCCUGUAACUAUGACUUGACUACUCUUUUGCUUCUUAGGGUAUUUCCUAUCUAUAUGCUUUCUUUUGGCAAUUUUUGACAAAAAAGGGGAGAUCAUAAGAAGAACAGGUAGAUCAUAAGAAGAACAGGUAUUGAUCAAAGUAGAGGAUAGAGAGGAUUUAAAGUUUUGUGAGAAGAAGUGAUGAACAAAGGGGGAGAAGGAUCGAGUACAAUAAAAACAUUGAAUUGAAUGUAAGAUUUCUAUAUCUUUUUG